AGCAGAGGAGGAGGCACUCAGGAUAGAACCAUGCACCUCCAGUCCUCCAGCUCCUCUCACUGCCAGGCUGCUACCUUCAUCCUCAGUGAAAGAUGUGUCUCGUCUUCCACAAUGGACCUGAAGAUGGAACUGUUCCGUGAACAGAGUAUCUGCCAGGCGCGGGCAGCGGUCAUGGUGUACGAUGACGCCAACAAGAAGUGGGUUCCAGCAGGGGGCUCCACGGGCUUCAGCAGGGUGCACAUCUACCACCACACCGGCAACAACGCCUUCAGGGUGGUGGGACGCAAGAUACAGGACCACCAGGUGGUGAUAAACUGUGCCAUCCCCAAGGGUCUGAAGUACAACCAGGCCACGCAGACCUUCCACCAGUGGCGCGACGCCCGGCAGGUGUACGGCCUGAACUUCGGCAGCAAGGAGGACGCCAACGUGUUUGCUAGUGCCAUGAUGCACGCUCUGGAGGUGCUCAACGCCCAGGACUCCGGUCCUACGUUGCCAAGGCAGAGUCCUCAGGUGCCGAAUGGGCCUUCAGUAGAAGAGCUGGAGAUGCAGAGAAGGCAGGUGGAGCUGCAAAGGCAGAAGGAGCUGGAGAGACAGGAGAGGGAGAGACUGGAGCACGACAUGCUGGAGAGAGAACGCGAGAGAGAGCGUGCGGAGAGAGAGCAGGCGGAGAGAGAGCGCCUGGAGCAGGAGAGAGAGCAGGAGGAGAGAGAGAGGAUGGAGAGAGAGCAGCAGGAGAGAGAGAGGAUGGAGAGAGAGCAGCAGGAGAGAGAGAGGAUGGAGAGAGAGCAGGAGCAGCUGGAGAGAGAGAGAGACCAGCAGGACUGGGAGAGAGGGAGACGCAUUUCUAAUGCAGCAUUUGAAAGCACUCUCUACACCCCCCCCCCUCCCGAAUACAAGCCCUCCUCCACCCCCAACUACCCUGCCCCCGGAACCGCCUCCCCCUCUUCCGCUGCCCCGCCCACCCCUCCACUACGCCACUCAGCCUCCCGAUUUGCCACCUCACUAGGCUCUGCUUUCCACCCCGUCCUCCCUCACUACGCCACGGUUCCCCGGCGACAGCAGGCCCCGCCCCCGGCACCCGCGCCCGCCCCCCCAAUCCCGUCCAAGUCCGUAGUGUGGUCGGCCGCCAACUUCACCCCCCUGCCCCCCUCCCCCCCCGUCAUGAUCAGCAGCCCCCCAGGGAAGGCCCAGGGCCCCCGCCCCGUCAUUGCAAUCCCCGCCCCCUCCCCGCUCACCCAGAAGCCCCCCUCGCCCUCCCCCAACGGCCCCCCUAUGUUCCCCGCCCCCUCCCCCGUCACCAUCUGCUGCACCGCCAACCCCACCCCUCCGCCUCCCCCCACCCCGCCCCCUCCUCCCCCUCCCCUACCCCCCUUUGCCCUGUCCUCCCCCAUGUGUUCUCCCUCUCCCUCAUCCCAGCCCGCCGCUGGUGUCCCCUCUCCCUCCACAGCCCCCCGCCCCUCCAGCCUGCCAGUCAGCCCUAGGCUGGGAGAUGGCUCCUGCUCUGGGCCAGCUCCUGAGCCCUGCGCCCCCCUGGUCCUCCAGGCCCCCUCGCAGGAUGCAGUGCUGACUCCUGGACUACCCACACCUCCCCCCCCUCCCCCCCUCCCUCCUGGUUCCACUGUGACCCCCACGGCGGGCCCCCCUGCCCCCCCGGGCCCUCCCCCACCUCCUCCCCUGCCCCCCACUCUCACCCCCAGCGGCCCCCCACCCCCGCCUGGCCCCCCUCCUCCCCCCUCUGGGCAGGCACCUCCUCCAGUCCCGCCCCCCGCCCCUCCCCUCCCCCCUGGGCUGUUCUCCCCCUCGGAGGACCGCCCCCUCUCUGGGCUGGCCGCCGCCCUCGCUGGAGCCAAGCUGCGGAAAGUGCCACGGAGUGAGGACCCAGUGGGGGCUGCCCUGGCUGCAGCCGUAGCAGGGGGCGUGGCUGGAGUGGCAGCGGCCAAGCCUGCAGGGGGGAACGGGCCCCUGCCGGGGGGAGGGGGUCUGAUGGAGGAGAUGAGCGCCCUGCUGGCCAGGAGAAGAAGAAUCGCUGAGAAGGGCUCGUCUCCCGAGCCUGACCUGAGAGCGGAGGAGCUGGAGGGGCCUACAACUCCUAAAGUGUCAGCCUGUAACACGCCAGACAUGCCCAGGAAGCCCUGGGAGAGGACUAACACCAUGAACGGUAGCAAAUCCCCCGUCAUUGGAAGACGAGACGCACCGUGGAGAAAUCCUCAGAGCUCAGGUCCCUCCAACAGACCUAAGUCCACUCCCACACCGACUGGAUCUUUCAGUGCCAAUGGCGUGCCAACAGAAGGCCUUGACUAUGACAGAUUGAAACAGGACAUCUUGGACGAGAUGAGGAAGGAGUUGUCCAAGCUGAAAGAGGAGCUCAUCGACGCGAUCAGGGAGGAGCUGGGGAGGUCCAGCUCAGCAUAGAAGACUGACCUCACGUUCCGGAACAUCCCGGAACAUCCAGACCCUGGUCACUCCUGCAGAUAUGACACUAUACACCCCACACAGGAAAACACAACCACAGGUGACAUUAACGACAGCAACCGUAGUAACACAGAGGACUUGUCUGUGGGCGGAGCAGCACAGGCCCACAGCCCAGCGGGGCGUGUAGCGUGUAGCGUGGGCGUCCGCUGACAUCCAUCUUGUGAAGCCUCUUCACGUCGUUGUAUCUCCUGGACGGCAGGACACAGUCUUAACCAGAAGCGACUGUCUUUAUGCAAAGAUUCCUUUCUUUGUCUAUUACACUACAACAACAAAAAAACUAUGAAAAUCCGCAAUUAAACAAAACAUUAAAAUGUAUUGAACUCUAAAACCGUAUUAACCAUUGAAGGAAGUGUGAGAAAUCUAGCAGGCAAUUUUCAUGCUUAAUGGCACACAAGUGUGAUUUCAUGUUCAGGGAGUGUUGAGAGAACGGGAGGCAGGAGGGUAACGACUCAGUUUCCAUGUUGGAGCCUCUGUGUGUGAGAGACUGAAGGACAGGGUAGAGUCUACCACUGCAGGACUUUGUAAAGCGUGUCUUCCUCAAAUACUAUUUUAAUCUGAAUAUAAACGAAAAAAGAGAGAAAAAAAAAAGAUAUUUACAAAAUAAAUCUAUCAAUCAUGUCUGUUUCAAUGUAAAUCCUUGGCCAUAUCAAGUAGCUUAAUCAAAUCUCUACCGGAUGGUCAGUCAUUGUCUUCUAGUCUGUAAUAUCCAGAAAUCCUAUCUUUUUCAAAUGCUCCUGAAGAGCUACUGUACUGCGUUUCCUAUGUGUUGUGUGUGUCAGCCUGAUGAUGUCACAGGCUGAUGAUGUCACAGGGGACUGUCCUCUCUAAAAUCAAUCAUUGUAGCUCCUUACCAAACCUAUUCUGACAGACGGUGAAAGUGAUGGUUUAAAAUGCUAAACUGGCCGUUAGCAGGUUCUGUAGAAGGAUCCAGACAGUUAUUUGAGGGGUUAUUUUCCUCCCAUUUCAUUUUUGUCACAUUUGGUGCAUGUUACGUUUUUAUACACAGUGAAGGUCACUGAGGUCGCCACGAAAAAUGUAAUUACUUCAUCAUGAGUUUAUAAGCAAUAAGUGUAGCAUCUAUCUUUACUGACACCCCCACACACUCACUGAUCCUGACUUGGACAUCAAGGUCUGGAGAUGGGCCCAGCUGCCCCCCCCUAUCACAGCUGCUGAAGGCCACUCUGCUUGUUUCAUUUUCAGAGAAGCUUUAUGUUAGCAGCUGCAUUUCUUCAUGUUCGAUUUUUCUUUUGAAAUGCUUAUUAUCGAGGAGUUUGUGCGUGUUGGGGAGGAAGAUGUGCUUGUGCCAUUUAGCUUGUCUCAGUGUGCUUACUAUGUGCGUUGCUUUUUUAAUGGUUUGCCUUUAUUUCCUGCCACUCAGUAAAAAAAUAUAUUAAUUUCAGCUUAAAUUGACAGUUUCCCUGCUGGUUUUGUCCAGCACAUGCUGAAUAAAGCAUGUUUCUUUUCAGUGAGCUAAGUUAGCGUUUCCAAACGUCUAGCCAUCCAAUCAUCUGAGAGGUUGAAGGUGUAACUGUGGAGACUAGAGUCAAAGAGCUUCUUAACUCUAGCUUCUUUCCUUUUGACUUGACUGUCUCUAGAGAGACUGAUGUUGAUCAGGGCUCAUAAUCAAUACUGCACAGGAGAGCUGAAUCCUGCUGGGUUUCAACUUAUUUUCUUUCUCGUCAUCUUCUAAGGAGUAGCACAGCAUGUAAAACUGGUCUGUACAGAUGUGUGUUUACAGCAUCGAUUGCACUUUAAAAACCCAUAGAAAUCCACAACCACCACAAAUACUGCUGUGUCCCGGCUGCAGCCUCCAUUGCCAAUAAUGUGGCUAAUUCACCAAAGGUUUCAGAUGCCAGUCUACUCCUGCUAAACACAUCACACUCGAACUGAGUCGCCUUUUGUUGCAUAUCAUUGUCAAGAGAGAGGUACAUCUCUAUCUAUCAAUUUAAAGUCCGGAUUGGGAAGUGAAAGGUUCUGAUCAAGGAUAUAGUUCAUAUCUACAUGAAUAACUGUUCUGAUCAAGGAUAUAGUUCAUAUCUACAUGAAUAACUGUUUGUGAAUCUUCAUGGUUUGUGCCUUGUUCUGAAGUUGCAUUUAAUAUGUCAAAGACUAGUGAAGAUCUACAUGCUAGUAAUAAUUCUAUAGGGGCUGUCAUGAUAUAGAUGAUUUUGUGUUUAGCAUCCUGUUAAAAGUUAUAAAGGGAGUGUUUUUGUUUUGUUUUUACUUUGGAAUUUAUCUGUACAAAUAAACCCAGCCUUUUGUUUUCUCCUGAGGCCAUUACUAUGUUACACAGCUAUGGUGUUAUUAUCUGGGAUUAGAAAACUGAACAAAACACAAUGGCUCAAAGUAACUCAGUCCCCAAACUCUCAUCACCAUCUGAGAUGGUGGACUAGCUAACACUGAAAGAAAAUCUCGAACUUAAAUCAAUUACAUUUUUCAAAUUUACAUUUCUCUUUCCUGACUUUAUUCUUUUAGCAUUCACAUUGUACCAUACCGUUCUCAUAUUAAUUAGACUUUUCUUACAUGCUAACAUUGUUUUGUUUGAGCGAAUGAAAUAAAAAUUGCAAUACAUGAUUA